AUGGAAGUGGAUCCGCUUGGCGGUUGGAAGCUGCAGCUUUCGCCCGUUGAUGCUCGAAUGCUUCGCUUUGUACUGCAGGCUUUGUUCGUGUUCCCUCCGCCACCGUUGAACGCUGCCCCGUACGACCCCAAGAAGCUUCGUCAGUCAAUUGACCAGCUCCUUGAGGAAGAUUUCCCCUUCUUCAAAGACGCUCAACGCGUUCGCGACGGGGAAAGUGGUGAGUUUUGGCUUCAUUCUCGACAUGGAGCACAAGUGAACCAACUUAUCGAGGUCCAGGAGCUUCCAGAAUUGACCAGGAUGGACGAAGUACUCGAGACCACCCCUCUCCACUUCAUCCCAGCAAGAUCCGAGACCCAAGUUCUCUCUGUCAAGUGCUGUCAGCUUAUCGACGGUACUCUAGUCAUUGGAGUGGAUGCAGAUCAUUGUGUCGUGGACGCCGAAGGACUCGCUCUCUUUAUGAAGCGAUGGAGCUGCCACUACUACGGCGUAACAACAGCAGACUCCACCUCUGUCUGCCUUAGUCAUGGCCGUAGCCAACUGAUUCCACUAAGUCCAUACUCGUCGACGAUGACUCAUCCAGAGUGCGCAUGCGUCUGCCACGCUUCAACUCAAAGCCCACACCCAAUGCCACCAAGACUCUCAACCUUUACAACCAGCCAGCAGCGCCUCCACCUGUCGCCCACAGAGCUAAAGAACCUGAAGACUUUUGCUUCUCUCGGCGACGAGACCUCACCGAUCAGCACACUCGACUGUGCGAGUGCUCUCUUGACGUGGCUGAUCACGCGCAGCAGAGGACACAGCGACGCCGUCCAAGUCUCCACCGCAGUCAACCUUCGACGCCGAAUGCAGCCGCCACUACCGCGUAAUUUCACGGGCAACGUUGUGCUCCCAGCGCUGUCACGCCACCCAGCCCAAGACUUCCAAGCCUCAAGCUCAGGCCCAAGUGCCAGCAGUUUGCACUCCAUCGCUCGACGCGUUCGUGAAUCCAUCGCCAGAUUCGACGACGAGUACAUCCGCGACACAGUCUCGCUGCUAGCAGCUCACCCAGACCCAGAUGCUCUCCAGCCUGCGCUGCGUCUCCCAGGCGGCCCGGAUCUCCUCUUCUCGUCCUGGCGAGGCCUCGGCCUGAGAGACGUCAACUUCGGCUCGAGACCGACGUACGUCGGCCCGCCGACGCUCGUCAAUCCCAUCGAUGGAGUCGUCGUCUUCCUCGAAUCAGUCGACAACCGGCCAGGACUCGACGCUCUCGUGUUCCUGGAGCACCAGGCCAUGCACUAG